UGGGCAGCAGCACAGCUUAGUCGGCGUCUAAAAUGGCGAGCUUCCGUGCCAGUCGCAAGGCUCAGAGCUCUGAUGGCCCCGCAACCGUCUUGGCCAUCGGAACUGCGAACCCUCGCAACGUAGUGGAUCAGCUCGCAUACCCUGACUUCUACUUCCGAGUCACCAACGCGGACGACAGACAAGAACUCAAAGACAAGUUUAAGCGCAUCUGUGACAAGAGCACGGUGAAGAGGCGGUUUAUCCACCUCAAUGAGGAGAUCUUGAAGGCCAACCCCGCCAUCUGCACGCCGGGGGCGCCUUCCCUGGAAGCUCGGCAGGACAUCUUGAUCGAGGAGUUACCCAAACUGGGGAAGGAAGCGGCCGAGAGAGCCAUCAAGGAAUGGGGUCGUCCCGAAUCCAUGAUCACCCACGUCAUCUUUUGCUCCACCGCGGGGUUCGACAUGCCCGGAGCCGAUUACCAGCUCAUCAAGCUCCUCGGCCUCUCUCCCUCCGUCAGGCGAGUCAUGCUGUACCACGUGGGCUGCUUCGCCGGCGCGUCGGCCCUCCGCAUCGCAAAGGACCUCGCCGAGAACAACCGCGGCGCUCGCGUGCUGGUGGUGUGUGCCGAGACCACCGCCAUCACCUUCCAAGCUCCGGACGACCACAACAUAUAUAACCUCGUCAGCCAAGCUCUCUUCGGCGAUGGUGCGGCAGCGAUGGUCGUCGGAGCUGACCCGGUCCAAGAUGUCGAGAGGCCAGUCUUCGAGAUAGCGUCGGCGGCGCAGACUCUGCUGCCGGAGAGCGAGGGCACGAUCAAAGGCCACCUCAGGGACGUGGGACUCGACUUGCACUUGCGCAGGGACGUCCCCAAGCUCAUCGCGGAGAACAUCGAGGAGACUCUGGUGAAGGCGUUCGAACCUCUAGGCAUCUCGGACUGGAACUCCCUGUUCUGGAUCGCGCACCCCGGCGGGCCGGCGAUACUCGACCAAAUCGAGUCCACUCUGGGGCUGAAGCCGGAGAAGCUCCGGGCGACGAGAAGCGUGCUCCGCGAUUACGGGAACAUGUCGAGCGCCACGGUCAUCUUCAUUAUGGAUGAGAUGAGGAAGCAGUCGGCCAAGGAGGAGCGGGAGAGCAGCGGCGAGGGGCUGGAGUGGGGGGUGCUCUACGGGUUCGGGCCGGGGCUCACCGUGGAGUCCGUCGUCCUCCACAGCGUGCCUCUGUGACUCCUUACGACUACUGCUGCGGUGGGCUCGCAUCAAAGAUCGGAGUGGAGUUGGUGUUCCUGACUGGGGGUGUUUGACUAUGAUUACAGUAACUUUUAUGUCGUGUUGUUCUGCUUGCAGUUGUUGAUUGAUGUU